UUCAAUAGCGUUACCCCUCUAGUGAUCAUUGCUAUUUAGGCAUGAUCAUUAUGUUUUUUGUUACGAAUAUUUCUAAGAUUUAAUGCACGUAUGGUCAACUAUGAAUCUUGGAGGCUGAAUCGCGGCGUAUUUUAUCGGGAGUAACACUCCAUGUGUUCGAUACUACAUGUACAAGGACUUAUAUCGAGCUGUGAAAUCGAUUGUAUUGUGUAGAAAGACGUGUGUCGGGUCGGUGCAGCCGACUCUGUCGGUGGAUUCCCCGAAUAUUGAGGAUUUUCCCUGCGUUUGACCACCUUUCUAGGGUAUUGCUGAGUGCGCGGUGGUAGCGGAGUUAUUGUUUAUGUUUAUAUUCAGCGCGUUGUGCAUAAAACAUCGAUAUUUAUCAAUGUAUUAACAAAAAAUGGCUAAAAUACUGAACAAAGACCCGUUCACUUAUCAACAAGAGAAAGAUGAAUUCAUGUCAACUCUUAAACAAUUUCAUCGCAAUAGAGGGACUCCAAUCGGGAAAUCUCCUGUUAUAGGUGGAAGGGAGAUCGACUUAUAUUUGUUGUACCGACAAGUGAUCAAGUUCGGUGGUUGGCGAAAGAUCACUGAUGAACUGAUUUGGGAGGACUUUUUAUUGGACUUCAAGAUCCCUCGGGAUUGCAGUAAUGGCACCCAGGCAUUAAAGUUUAUAUAUGUCAGGUAUCUGGAUGCCUAUGAGAAAGUAUAUUUCCAUGGAGCAGAUCCAAACCACAGGGAUGAUGAGGAGGAGACAGAGGGCCCACUACGCAAGAAAGCCUGCCUCCCCCUGUACGGGAUACCCCUGUCCUACAACUAUGACCAGCACAGAGUCUCAGCUCAUGGGAGGAGUGUGGUGGGAAUGUCUACAGACCUCGUCAAACACAGUGAUUUUCACAAACUGGAGAAAGCCUUGUUGUCGGGUCUCCCCAAUGAAGUGGACUUUGCCAUCAAUGUGUGUACCUUACUGUCCAGUGAGAGUCGGAAGAGCCUACUGCUCCGCAAGGCACAGAACCUACUGCAGCUCCUGAUGGCUCACAUAGGAAUCUUCUCUGAUGAUCAUGGAACAUAUGAAGAAGUUUAUGAGCGGGAAUGGAGGAAACUGUCCAACUCAAAUUUCAUCCAUUUUUGGUUAAACACAGUCAACGAUGAAACCAUCCGGGGUUUAGUUCACACAAGUCAUGGGUACUCAAGAAAGGAACUAUUAGGUCAAGAGAUUCUUAAUCUAGGUCAAGAGGAUGGGCUCCAUGAUAGGGAAGGACAGAGAGUUAUGCAGCUGGCUGUUAUAAUCAGAAAUCUGUCAUUUGAGGAAGAGAACAUGAAAUUCAUGUCAGAAAAUGAUUUAGUGUUCAGAUUUUUAAUGUUAUGUGUACACAGUUCAUACGGGUCUUUACGACAGCUAGCUUUAGAUUCUCUGGGUAACAUUGCAGAAAAGUUUGUGCUGACAACAGAUGAUCACUCACAUUUGGUGCUGCAGCUUCUAAAGCAUUGCUUGUCAUCAGAUGACAAGUACGAAGUAGUGAGAGGUCUGGAGAUUCUAAGCAAACUGUGUCUGCUAGACCAGAACGAGGAUAUGCUGACGGACCGUCUGGAGGAGCCGCUGUAUGCCGACAUAGUGCGGCUGAUGAACGUGUUUGACAUACAGAUCAUUGUGUACAGUCUGGAGGCCCUGUAUCAGCUCUCAGAGCUCGGUGAACACACCACCACCAAGAUCGCGGCUGUCAAACAUGCUGUUGAUCUGCUGGUCUCUCUGCUGACGAUAGAGGCCCAAUCAUACGGACCAAACUCUCUAGUUGGCAUUAAGGUGGUGGAAUACUGCCCACCACCCCACCUAAUGCAGGGGGCCAGUGUGGACCAUGGCCAGACCCCUGUGUUACCGGUGCCCCCUGGCGGUCAUCCUGUCUCUCAGCCCCUCCCUCCCUCUCACAAAGCUGCUCAGCAACAAAUGGGUACCACAGGUUGUGAUGUAGAGACGACUACCUAUCAGUGGCUACAGUCCACCUUUGAGCUGAAAGAUGGGUUCUCAUUGCCUCAUGUCCAUAUGUAUGCAGAGUAUCUGAAUUUUGCCAAGAAGUUCUCUCUGCCCCAGAUCUUGUCUUCGGCUGCUUUUAUCAGCUGUGUCAGGGUUGUGUAUCCAAACCUUGAGCAUUACAGUAUAGAGAAAGCUGAGGGUGUAUCGGAGGCAGGAUUCAAAGGGAUCUGUAAACGCAAAACACCAUUACCAUUCGCCAUACCUUCUACAGUCUGUAAAAAUCGUCUUAGUAAUGUCUCCCAUUGUCCAUCUCCUGUUGUCAUGGCCAAUCAGAAUCCAUCACAAACUCUAACUCUCCGGCAGAGGUUAAUGGAGCCGCCACGAUUAUCUUCCUUACAAGCCUCUCCUCUCCUUCCUCUAGGUGGCGCUGUGCCCACAACAAACCAGCAACACUGUGCAAUAUACACCGCCACCAAACCACAGACUCAAACCAGCAGUUCUAACAGCAAGUCCGCACAAAACCAACCAAGUAUUAUGUCUGUUGGAAAAUCCCCACAACCCAAAACACAACAAGCUCUUAAGCAGCACUUACAUCAGGCUUCUCCAAUUCAAACGCCUGUUCUUCCCCAGCAGACGGGUCCACCCAAUAUGGCUAACCAACAGCCGGUGGACCCUACUUCCAGCGAGACCAGAAUGAUCAAGAACCUUUUGGCCAAAAAGCUGAAGGUUCAGCAGUCCUCUCCAGUCCCAAUUGCCCCAAAGCAGACGACACAGCCAGUACAGGCAAUGGUGGACCCUACUAAUCCAAUGCAUUUAUUGACAUUCACUACACAACAGAGUACAAACAUCCAAGGUCAGUUACAGCAGGCAUUUGUUCCUGUGUACCAGGACGCAGGUGCUUACACGCUGACUGGAAACUACUAUGACCAAAGCAACAUUGGCCAGACCAUCCAAAUACAAGGUGUGCAGCCUGUAAUGGAUGGAACACAACAAAUAGUAAUUCCACAAGCUACAAUUUCUAGUCAGCCUUCCCUCCAACAAACAGGAUCUCUAGUAUCAGAUAAAAGUAAAGGUGCAUCUAAAAACAGUGCUAGUCGUAACAGUUCUAAAUCAUCCAGAUCAUCGUCACCCAAAGGAUCAUCGCACAAACUCAAACCAUCGUCAUCUCCAUCACGACCUAGCUCUCCUCAAAACUGUGACCUGGAUAUAUGUGGAGAGGUGGAGAGAGCCAAAGAUGUUGUAAAAGUAGGACUUGAAGCUCGCAUAGAGCGAGUGGAGAAUAAUACUUUGAAACAAAUCCAGUCUGUAAACAGUAGUACACCGUCCAUCCCUACUCAUCUCGUCACUUCAUCAGUUGUCCCUCCAAGCGCUGUGAUGCCUGGCUACUCUGUGGUUGGCAGUACAAACACUGGUCUCACAGGGGACAUUGCUGCAAUCUCUGCCUUACCCAGCCAAACCAUUGCUGCUAGAAACACAGCUCCGACUCUUCACAGUCAGGUCCACUGUGCUACCUCAUCACCUGCUAUCUCCACAAUCCCAUUCAGAGGUGGAUCCAUACCCAAUUGUAGUGAUUCCUUGUCUAAUGCUUGCUCAAUCACAAACCCUCUCAACUCCAUCCCUCAGCAAUCCAUCACGUCAUCAGACACCCAAAAUUUCAAUCCAGAAGAAAACACAAACACAAACUCCUGUGAAAAUUCUUCUAUGGUCAAAGAAAAACCAAAGAUGAAUUAUGUAUGUACUCAAGAUGAAACGGAUGCUGCUGUGUCCUCUCUACUGAUAACGGAGGAGGACACACAACACUCGCUGUCCAAUGGGUCAGACGCUGAUGUUCCCAUCACAACUAUUGUAAGCUCUGCUGAUGAAACUGCAGCUGCCAUAUCAGCUAUAGAAGGAAUGCUGGAAGAAGAACCAGAAGAAGAAGAUGACACACCCAUGGAUGAUGACAGGGUUGUUGAUUCUAUGGAAGAGACUUCUGCUGAUGAAAUUUCUGCUCCAUUAGGGAAUAAACAAACAACUGGAACUCUGGAAAUUGCUCCUGAAAGUGAUGAAAGUCAAGACUCUAAAAAAGAAGAAAUCACUGUCAAUGGAAUGUUGAAUUCUCCAGAGGAAACUAUUCCAUCUCCAACUGAGGAGCAGAAUCACAUAGGUAAUGGAAUCAGUGAGAGUGAAUCAGAAGAGAACUUCAAGUCCUCCAAACAAGCAAUGGACAAACUGGCUUUGGAAAAACUAACCAAGAUUAAUGGUAUAGACAAACAUAUAGGAAAUGGAAAUGUUAAUCAUGUAGAAGUUGAUUCAUCAGGGAAAGAGGAAAAGAUGGAAGUGAGCGAAGAUUCGGUCAAUGGGGAGGUAAUUCAAGGGGAGAUAGAUCAAGCACUCAGUGGAAUUCUGGAGAAUGGAAAUUCUAGUGAUAUUCUGGAGAAUGGAGAACCUAAAGAGACAAAGUGUUAUGAACUGGCAGGAGAAUCUGAGACAGAAGACACUGCACCAAUGGAGGAAGAGGAAGUUUUGAUAGAGAACGAAAUGUGUCUCAAGCCAAACACAGUUGUAUUGGAUCCCCCUCCCCCAGCAGUUAAAGAGCCCAAGGAAAUGGAGGCUGACACCAAAGCAGUGAAAGAGGAGGACAGAGGAGUAGACCAUAACCAGACAGUCAAUAAUGGGGAAUCAACAGCGGAACAACAGGAGGAAAAUAAACUACCCAUGGACGAAUGUGUAGAUAUCUUGAAAGCUGCUAUUGAGUCUGAGAAAAUUGAUGAAUGUGUGUUAAAUGGAGACAGUAAUGACUCUCUUCUUCCAGGAUCUAUCUAUCCUGGAGAAAUUCAGAUUAGUGCUGCUAAUAUCCCAAUCGGUAAUGAAAUGACUGCCACAGCUGUAGGGUCCAACAGCAUCAAUCUGAUCCCCAACGUAUUCACCAAUGUCCAGACAGUGCAGACUGGUCUUGUGGUGGGGACCAUUGUUAGUGUAAACAACAAUCUUCUGACCACUGCGACUGUUCCCCUGACUAUCACAGAUAACAUGAUAGGCAAGAAUGUGAUGUGUCCAGAGAGGCAUGUUCCGACACCAGAGGCAUCCCGGGACGGAGAACUCAGUUGUGAUAGCAUCGCAUCUACCCUGACCGACUCAUCUGACAAACAUUCCAUCACAUUUCAGCAACCCAUUCUCAGUGUUCAGAACUUUCCUACAAAUGUCCUAGGUGUGCAAACCAUGUCAACCAACAAAAAUCAGCAAUACUUAACCACCGUCAUUACCACAACCCCCAAACAGACCUCGCCCCGAACUCGAGAUAAACGAGCCAAAAAACGCAGUCGGAACGCCUCAUCAGGGAGUGGUGAUUCCAGGUGCUCAAAUUCCUCCACAACGAUAGCCCAACCCAUGGCCCCACCCCCAAUAGUGCCAGAUUUCAUGUGUGAAUGGCAUGGCUGUAAACAGUGCUUCGAGAAUUUUAAGCAUGUGUUUAAGCAUGUUUUGGACACUCACCUGAAGACUGACGUGGAAGGAUAUUGCAGAUGGGAAGGAUGUGAAAAAUUGCAGAGAAAGAAGUGGUCACUAGUAACCCAUGUACAGGACCACCAUUGUUCUGAGAACGCCCUAAAGUCUGCGGCAAUGAGGAAAAAGCAGAGUCAGCAGAGUGGAGCGUCGGCCCCCACACAGACAGUACCAGCCCUUGUGUACCCCACGGACGCUGCCUGGCAAGCCAUCCGCAGAUUCUCUCCAAAACCACCAUAUCCAGAAUUUACGGAAGCUCGGGAAGGACCAGUAACAAAGCAUAUCCGUCUGACAGCAGCUCUAAUCCUCAGGAACCUGGCCAGAUAUUCAGCACCUGGAAGAAGUUUGAUAAAGCGGUAUGAGCGGAGAAUCAGCUUCUCAGCAAUGAGUGCCCUGGAGUCGUCCAAUGCCCUGGCCAACUGUCUGUUUGAAAUUCUCCACGACCACUGACAGCAGUUGGCAGGGACUAGAAAGACUGUGAUCUUCACCUUGAUUUUGUAGUUACCUCCCUUUGUUUGUAAGCAUUGUGAAAUGGCAUUAGUUGGCAGCUUUAAAUUAAGUUCUGAAAAAUCGAAUCUGUAUUUAUUGAAUCUUUAAUUCUGUCUUAUGAAGACUGUAAACUUUGAGGGAUAUUCUUCCUGUUAUUCCAAGCGAACAAUUAAUUUGUUCAUUUUCUUCAAAAUUGUGCAAUGAAUCAUGUUCAGCUAAAGAAACAUUUCCCUUGAUUUGUUAAACUGUGUUGUAACCAUGUCAGUUGUUUGUUAAAAAACAAUAAAAGUAAUGUAAGUUUAUAUUUUUGGAAAAAUUGUCCAUCAGGGGAAAUUGCCAGUUUGUCUACUAUGGGAAAUGGAAGGGAGUUUGCAUAAUAACAUAAGGAUAUUUCUGCCUGAACUAUCAUUAAAACCUCUCACUUUUGUCAUGUAAAGCCUAGUGCUGAUGAAUAAGUUUAAUCUGCUCUCAAAGUGCUUAUGACAAAUUGUUUUUUUUUUCACUGUCUGAAACAUAUCACUACAAACACAGUAUUGUAAAAAAUUCCUUGUAAACCCCCUCGGAGCUUAGUUAUCUGCUAUUUCUUUUUCCCCGUCUUUUUCCACUUACGUGUAAUCGGUACAUCAUACAUCAUGCGUUUUACCAGUCUGUGUUCACAUUAUCUAUAUAUAUAUAUACUACUCGUGUGUGUUUUUUUUAAAAAUAUGUGAAGAAAUGUAUAAAAUCCAGAUUUCUAUUUAUUUGUUGACUGUAUCUUGGGAUGGCCCUUGGCUCUAUGUGAGUUUUGUACAGUACAUCAUUCCAUCUGUCUAGUUGUAGACUGAAUGUGUAAGAUUGGAUUGUAAGUAUUGCUGAAAUUCAACAUAAUUUAUAGAUAUUACAAAAAAUUUAUUUUGCAUUUCAGAUUUUUUCACAUGCAUUUGUUGUAGUAAACAAUUCUUUCAUGAACAGAUUUUUCUGUUUCAAGGAAGAUGAAAAAGUUUUAAAAUAAAUAUGAAACCAAAAU